AUGUGCGCCCCGUGGCUCUGGCUCUUGCAAACGUUUUUCCUGAUGGCCCCUAAGGGGGCCCGGCCUCAGCCAUAUUCCUCCCCAUCAGGAGCAGUGCCCACCUCUUCAGACAUGGGGCCAAGUACUCUGAGCGGGACUCUCCAAUCCUCCUCUAAGGGCUCUGAAAUCUCCCGGGCCUUGCCUGCUAUUUCUACGGUGGGUCCCACUACCGUGACCCCUUCGGCGCCUGGGAAUAUGACAGCGGACCUCUUCCCAGUUUUACCAAUCUGUGUCUGUGAUUUGACUCUUGGUGACUGUGAUAUAAACUGCUGCUGCGACAGGGACUGCUAUCUUCUCCAUCCGAGGACAGUUUUCUCUUUCUGCCUACCUGGAAGUGUGAGGUCUACAAGUUGGGUGUGUGUGGACAACUCUCUUAUCUUCAGGAGUAAUUCCCCAUAUCCUACCAAAGUUUUCAUGGAUUCAAAUGGAAUUAGGCAAUUUUGUGUCCAUGUGAACAACUCAAAAUUAAACUAUUUCCAAAAGCUCCAAAAGGUUGAUGGAACCAACUUUCAGGCUUUGGCUACAGAGUUUGGAGGCAAAGCUUUCAUUCCCACAUUCCAGUCACCACCACCACUGCCACCACCUUUUUACAGGGCUGGGGACCCCAUUGUGAUUUACUUCUCCAAGUGGUCUACUGUAAGCCUGCUGAGACAGCCUGCAGAAAUUGGAGCUGGAGGACUUUGUGCCGAGAUCAACCCUGCAAGCUUUUUGGAGAGUAAAAGUACAACUUGCACUCGUUUUUUUAAGAACCUGACAAGUAGCUGUAUCUUGGAUCCAGCUCUUGAUGCUGCUUCUUACUAUAAUUUCACAGUCUUGAAGGUUCCAACAGGUAUGACUGAUCUGCACAAUAUGGAGUUUCAGGUGCCUGUAACACUUGUCUCACAGACUGAUUCUCCUCUGUUGUCUGGAAACACUUGUCAGAAUGUGGUUUCGCAGGUGAUGUAUGAGAUAGAGACCAAUGGAACUUUUGGAAUCCAGAGAGUCUCUGUCAGCUUUCGACAUACCAACCUGACUCUUGAGCCAGACGUUUCCUUACAGCAACACUUCACCGUUCGCUUCAGGCCUUUUGAAGGAAGCACAGCUACUUCUCUUCUGGGUCCUAGAAGUGGGAAUCCCGGCUACCUUGUUGGGAAACCACUCUUGGCUUUAACAGGAGAUGUACAAUACUCUAUGACACUCUUGCAGAGUCAGGGUGAUGGAACCUGCUCUGCUGAGAGACAUGAAGCACAGUUUGGAGUGAAUGCAGUAUCUGGAUGCAAGCUCAGGCUGAGGAAGGCGGGCUGUCGCUAUUUGCAGCAGGAGAUUUAUCAGACUCUUCAUGGAAUGCCCAGACCAGAGCAUGUUGCCAUCUUUGGUAAUGCUGACCCAGGCCAGAAAGGACAGUGGACCCGGAUCUUCAGCAGGAACUGCAAUGUUUCGGCUAUAAAUUGUACAUCCUGCUGUUUCAUACCAGUUUCCCUGGAGAUCCAGGUAUUGUGGGCUUAUGUAGGCCUGCAAUCCAACCCCCAAGCUCAGGUAUCAGGAGUCCGAUUCCUGUACCAAUGCCAAUCUGCACAGGUUUCCCAACUACAAACCGAAGUAUCUUUGACAACCCUUGUAACCUUUGUGGACAUUACCCAGAAGCCAGAGCCUCCAAGGGGCCAGCCCAGAAUGACCUGGAAAUUGCCAUUCGACUUCUUCUUUCCCUUCAAAGUGGCAUUCAGCAAAGGUGUGGACUCUCAAAAAGCCUCCAUCUUCCCCAGCCUCAUACUGUGUCUCUUACUACUUUGGGUUCUCAACUUAGACACUAAGUGA